UCCUUCUCCGAAAGUUCUCAUUCAUUGGACCGCAUUGGCGGACUUUAUUGUACGAUGCUAUUGAGGACUUGCGGGCCCUUGUGUGUAAAAACUCGGACGUGUUUACAGUUAGUCCGAGCGCAGAGUACUUUCUCAGCGUUCUUGGCGGAGCACUGUAGACCUGGAGUAGUUCUCAAGUCCGCCUCCUGCGACAUUUUCCAGAAUCUGGCCUUCGAGGACUGGAUCCACGCCCACGUGGAUGUAGAGAAGCGGAGCAUCCUCUUCAUGUGUAGGAACAGGCCGGCCGUCGUCAUCGGCAGGCACCAGAACCCGUGGCAGGAGUGCAACGUACCGCUGGCGAGGGAGCGCGGCAUCCCGGUGGCGAGGCGACGCAGCGGCGGCGGCACCGUCUUCCACGACCUGGGCAACGUUAACCUGACCUUCUUCAGCUCCAGGAAGCGCUACGACCGGCAGCGCAACCUGCGCAUCGUGACGAGGGCGCUCCGCCAGCUCAGCCCGAACCUGGACGUGCACGCCACCGAGCGCUUCGACAUCCUGCUUAACAAGCAGUUUAAAAUUUCCGGCACGGCCGCCAAGCUGGGCAGGACAGGCGCGUACCACCACUGCACGCUGCUGUGCUCGGCCGACCGCGCGCUCCUCUCCGCCACGCUCCGGAGCGCAUGCGCGGCGGGCAUCAGGAGCAACGCCACCCCCAGCGUGGCCGCUCCCGUGAGAAACCUGCGGGACGAGGACCCCACUCUGAACUGCGAUGCUGUGAUGGAAGCGGUGGCCUCCCAGUAUUACGCUGACUUUGGGCUGAGCGCACCCGCGGUCGUGGUGGACCCCACGGAUGAACUCUCUCAUCCGGGCAUCCGCAGAAUCACGCAGGAACUGCAGGCGUGGGACUGGGUCUUCGGAAAGACCCCCGCGUUCUCUCUCGAUACCUCCUUUGAGGUUCAAUGUGAGGCAUGUGACACAAAGGUGAACCUCACCGUGGGCGUCAAGAGCGGUGCUAUAGAGACGUGCAGCAUUGAGAGCCCUCAGGACUGGCUGCCACCAGCCAUGUGUCGAGAGCUGAGCGGACUCAUGGUGGGCAGCAGGUUCCGUCCCUCCGACAUGGCAGUGAUCUUCACAGCCUUCCUCAGGGCGAAUCCCCAGAGUCAUGAAUUGGAAAACAAAAUGCAUAUUUUGUGUGAAAAAGUAGUUGCUCUUAUGUGAAGUACAGGAAUUGCACAUACUGAUGAACUUAAGAAUUUUAUUAAUGUGUCUAUACGUUAUCCUCUGAUAUACAGAAACUUGAGGAUAAAUGUAUGAAAAUUUAAAAUGGUUAAUCCUCCAGUUUUGAAAAUGUUUUUCAGCAAGGAAUUAAACCACCUUGUAUUGUGUCAACAGGCCAAGUGCAGUUAAAUUCUCUAGUUUACAAUAAUUAAAACAAGCUAAAGGCACUUGAAGAGGGGUGUGGUGCCGCAGUGGGUUUAACCGGGUCCUGCUCUCCAGUGGGCCUGGGGUUCGAGUCCUGCUUGGGGCACCUUGCGACGGACUG